AGUAACAUUCACUAUUAAAUUUUAAACCGAAUCGAGAAAAAAUUUAAAAGUUAUCAAGUUACGUUGUUUUAACAUUAUGUAAAGCUAUAAAAUAUUAUUCAAUAAAAAAGGAAAGGAAAAACAUAGAAUAGUGCUGUAGAUUUAAGUUUAACUUUAACUGAAACUUAGGCCUUUUCCGAAAAGCCUUAUGUCCUACAUCACAUUGCAAGGGAGCGCAAAAAUCGAGUUAAUUAUCGGGCGCUGUUUACCUCAAACCCGGGUGCUGUGCCGUGUGCCUCUGAUAACACUACAGCUACAAACUAAAAAGAACAGUUUUUCAGUAUAUGACAGGCCCGUAGCCAAGGGGGGGGGACCGUCGGGACAAAUCCCCCCCCCCCGAAAUUCUGGGAUUCAAACUUUUUAGUCUUUCUUUGAGCCUCUCAGUAAAAAGAAAAACAAAAACUGUAGAAUCAAACCUUUUCCCAGUACACCACCUUCGCUAGUACCUCAUCUUCACCUGGCCUUGUGGCUCAUCUUUCCUUCGGUUAGACUCGAAUCCCCCGAAAUCAAUUGUUUUUCAGCAUUUGGUAUCGUCCAGUGAGUAGGCAAAUGCUGACUCAUUGACAAUAGAGCUUCGCAAUAGCAGUCUGGAACGUUUGUUUUUAGGAUAGUGGUGAUCUUUUUGACAUACGAAUAUGAGCUCAUCCAUACUUAAGAGUAUUUAAUCAGGCUAAGUCCAUUUGGACGAUAUAUACAAGUCCCUGGGUUCCUGACUCACCGUUUACCUUCGUUAUGAAAAGAGCAAAACAAACAUCGCUUUUAAGUUAUUUACCUUCCAAACGAAAUUGUGAAAAUGAACAGUCCACCUCUAGUUCAUUUACAGUUAGCAAUUCACUCAAUUGCGAUACAAUACGCAAUGAAACUGCAUCUGAAACGGUGUCAAAUAUUUUAGAUCUUGGACUAUACGUAAAUGAUGUCAGUGACAUGAAUCGAACACUAGUCUACAAUUUGAUUAAGAAGUCUAAUGCUCCUGAAGCUAACUAUAUUUUCCCUACCUCUGAAGGAAAAAGAAAGUUACGUUUUCAACGUAAAUGGCUGAAUGAAUACAAGUGGUUAACGUAUUCUGAAAAGUUAGAAGCGGCUCUAUGUAAAUAUUGCGUUUUGUUUGGUUCUUCUACCUGUGGCAAAGGGGGCCAUCAAAAAUUGUCUGCUCUAGCGAAUUCUGGUUUUCGGCGGUGGAAAGACGCACACGAAAUUUUUAGGUCCCAUACUAUAGCAGAAUACCACAAGAUGAGCACCGUUAAGGCGGAAAAUUUUGUAAACAUUUUCGAAGGAAAAACUGAAAGUAUUGAACUGCAAAUAAAUUCAUGUGCCAAAAAUAAAGCAGAAGAAAAUAGAGAGAGACUUGUCCCAAUUGUCGAAACCUUAAUAUUUUGUGGGAGGCAGGAAUUGGCUUUAAGAGGAACUAAAGACAGUGGACCCUUAAACUUAGAUAGUGAUGAGCCCAUAAUAAAUGAUGGAAAUUUCCGGGCAUAACUGAGAUUGAGAGCUAAAUCUGGGGAUGAAACUUUGAAAAAUCAUAUUAACCAAUGUGGUGGUAAUGCAAUGUACAUCAGUCCAUCCAUUCAAAAUGAAUUAAUAGAGAUUUGUGGUAGCAUUAUCCAAGAGACAAUUGUUGAUAGAAUCAAUAAAGCAAGCUGUUUUGCUAUUCUUGCAGACGAAACUAUGGACAUAACUCAAACUGAGCAGUUGACAUUUUGUGCAAGGUACAUCGAUGUGAGAGGUGAUGUGCCAAUUGUCAGAGAAGACUUUCUCCAAUUUGUUCCAAUUUUUGACUCAUCUGGACGCGGAAUAGCUAGUGUUAUUUUAAAAUCAUUAAGAAAUUUAGGAGUUAAUGUUUCAAAAAUUGUCGGAUAAGGCUACGACGGAGCAUCUGCAAUGCGAGGGGACUUCAACGGUGUUCAAGCAGCCAUCAAAGAAUUACACCCAACAGCUAUAUAUGUACAUUGCUCCUCACACUCUUUGAAUUUAGCAAUUAGUCACUCUUGUAGAAUUCAAGCUAUUAGAAACUGUGUCGGCACAGUUAAAACAAUAACAAAAUUCAUCGAAUCGUCUGCCAAAAGAGCACAAAUUUUAGAGGACAUCAUCAAAACGAACUUGCCGAACGAAAAAUUCAAAAAAAUAAUAUCUUUUUACGAAACAAGAUGGAUAGAAAACCAUGAUGCAAUCAUUAGAUUUAAAGAACUUUAUCCAGAAAUAAUUCAACUUCUCGAAGAAGUAAAGGCUUCUGGAAACUGCGAUGCUUCUUCUAAAGCGGACAAUUUUUAUUUCUACUAUCACUAAAAGUGAGUUUUACAUUACUUUACUUGUUUGUAGAGAUAUUUUUUCUGUGACUCUCCCACUGAGCAAAGCACUCCAACAAAUUCAUCUAGAUUUGAAUGGAGCUUUAAUACAUGUAAAAUCAAUAAACAACACAGUUCUAAACAAAAGAAAAAAUGCCGAGUAUGAAUUUCAAAAGCUAUAUUCGAAACUCCUUAAUACUUUCACAAGUUUGGAUCUAGAUGUAAAACUUCCUACAUUGGCAUCCUAUCAAAAUAAUCGUGGCAAUAUAAAAAAUCAGAACACAGACCCAGAGCAGUACUUCCGUCAAAAUAUAUACAUCCCUUUUUUAGAUUAUUUCACUGCCCAACUGAUUGAAAGAUUUUCAAAACACGAAGAUACUCUUCCAUCUCUCAAUAAAGUGUUACCUAAGUAUUGUGUGAACGUUUGAUAUUAAUUUAUGCAAUUUCCGAAUCUACGCAGAUUUCAUUGACAUCGAAAACCUCAUGGGAGAAAUGGAAGUAUGGGCAUCAAAGUGGAACAUGCGUGAAUCCCUUAGUAGACCAGAUACGGCACUUUCAGCAAUGGAAGAAUGUGACAGUAUCUUUUUCCCAAACAUUUAUUGCUUGUUAUCAAUAUUAGCUACGUUUCCAAUCACCACAGCAAAUGCAGAAAGAACUUUUUCUACUCUUAAACGAGUAAAAACAGCAACAAGAAAUGCUACUAAAGAAGAAAGGCUAACAGGGCUAACUUUAUUAAGCAUAUUUCGGGAUAUUCUGGUUUGCCCUAAAAAAGUAAUUGAAAAAGUUUCUUCAAAUCCCC